UGCAAUCGCUCUUUGCAUGUGGAAUGAAUGGCUCAGACCCGGUGAUAGACACCGGGGAGCUCCACUUCUUUGCUUGCAAGCUUGCAAGUGACCGACCGCCUCCACUUCUUGCAGCUCCUGCUGUAGGUGGGAGCAAAGCAAAGGUUCCUCUGUUCCUCUCUCGGGGCUUUGGGUUCGCCAGGCUUGGUCGCAGGCAAAGAGCAAAGAGAGGGCGCGGACAUAUUUUGGCGGCGGGAGGGAGAACAUUUGUGUUUUGGUGUUCCCAGCAGUAAGCGGCGGGCCAUGGCCGAUCCUGGAGUCAUUCGCAGGCUGGAAGAAACGGUGGUGAACAGGAUUGCUGCAGGAGAGGUGAUCCAGCGACCCGCUAAUGCCAUUAAAGAAAUGGUGGAGAACAGUUUGGAUGCCAAAUCUACAAAUAUUCAAGUUAUUUUAAAGGAUGGUGGACUGAAAUUGAUUCAGAUCCAGGAUAAUGGGACCGGUAUCAGGAAGGAAGAUUUGGAAAUACUUUGUGAAAGAUUUACUACAAGCAAGUUACAGAAAUUUGAAGAUCUUGCCGGCAUCUGCACUUACGGAUUUAGAGGGGAGGCUCUUGCCAGCAUAAGCCAUGUGGCACAUGUCACGGUAACAACAAAAACUGCUGAUGGGAAGUGUGCAUUGAGAUGUAACUACUGUGAUGGGAAAUUAAAGGCUCCACCAAAACCAUGUGCUGGAAACCAAGGCACACAGAUAACGGUGGAAGACCUCUUCUACAAUAUUGCCACACGCAGGAAGGCUCUCAAAAAUCCCAGUGAUGAGUUUUCCAAAAUCGUGGAAGUUGUGAGCAGGUAUGCAAUUCAUAAUUCAGGAGUGAGCUUCACCGUGAAGAAGCAAGGUGAAACUGCUCCUGACGUGAGAACAUUGGCCAACGCCUCAACACUAGACAAUAUUCGAACAAUCUUUGGAAAUGCAGUGACCAGGGAAUUAAUUGAGGUGUCCUUUGAAGAACCAAAGUUUGCUUUCAAAAUGAAAGGUUAUAUAUCCAAUGCAAAUUAUUCUGUGAAAAAAUGCAUCUUUUUGCUCUUCAUAAAUCAUCGCCUGGUGGAAUCAAGUAUGUUACGGAAGGCGAUUGAAUCUGUUUAUGCGGCGUACCUUCCCAAAAACACACAUCCCUUCCUGUAUUUGAGCCUUGAAAUAUUGCCACAAAACGUAGAUGUCAACGUUCAUCCAACGAAGCAUGAAGUACAUUUUCUGCAUGAGGAUGGUAUCAUCGAGAGUGUGCAACAAACCGUGGAGAGUAAGCUGCUUGGUGCCAACUCCUCCAGAACCUACUUCACCCAGACCUUACUGCCAAGGCCAGCCAUAACCUCCAGUGACCUUGCCAAACCUUUGGCGGCGGCGGCGGCAUCGUCUGUGGUCGAAGGUUUUGGUGACAAACCAUGCGCUCGCCAGUUGGUGCGGACUGACGCCAAGGAGCAGAAGAUGGAUGCUUUCCUUCAGCCAGUCAACAUGUCACAUGUGCUGCCUGCCAUUCCUGCUGCUGCUGGAGAACCUUGGAGCCAGGACUCUGAAAUGCUGGAUGCGAGUGACUUUGAAGUACUAUCUGUGAAAGAUAUUGGCAGCUCUGCUAACACAGCAGAGCAAGACUUGCAGCCUUGUCAUGAAGAAUCCUCCAGUGGCCCAUCCAGAAAACGACCAAGAGCGAAUCUGUUAGAUGAUAUAAAAGAAGAGGACUCUGGUCAUGAUAUGACGGCUGCUCGUCUACCAAAGAGACGGAUUAUUAACUUAACCAGUUUGCUCUCUCUGCGGGAAGAGAUCAGCAGUCGAAACCACACAGGUCUUCAAGAUAUGUUGCAGAAUCAUGUAUUUAUAGGUUGUGUGAAUCCUCAAUGGGCAUUGGUACAGUACCAAACUAAACUUUACCUGAUCAACAGUACUAAACUCAGUCAGGAGUUGUUUUACCAAAUCUUGACCUUUGACUUUGGCAAUUUUGGAGUUUUGAGAUUAUCGAACCCAGCCCCACUGUAUGAACUGGCCAUGAUGGCACUGGACAGUCCAGAAAGUGGCUGGACAGAGGACGAUGGUCCCAAAGAGGGAUUAGCAGAGUACAUUGUUGACUUUCUGAGGACAAAAUCUGAAAUGCUGCAAGAUUAUUUUUCCAUUGGAAUUGAUGAGAACAGAAAUCUAACUGGAUUGCCUCUGCUCCUAGAAAAUUAUAUCCCAGCCCUUGAGGGAUUGCCAAUGUUUAUUCUGCGACUAGCUACAGAGGUGAACUGGGAUGAAGAAAAGGAAUGUUUUGAUUCAUUGAGCAAGGAAUGUAGCAUGUUUUACUCCAUUCGAAAAGAAUACACAUUGUACGAUUCGCCAAUCUUGUUGCAAAUGGGUCAGCAGCAUGAAAAGCUCGGAAGUGACAAGUCAUGGAAGUGGACCGCAGAACAUGUUAUAUCCAAGGCGUUCAGAACUCUGCUCCUUCCACCAAAAGACUUUGCAGAAAAUGGAACGAUUCUGCAACUUGCCAAUCUGCCAGAUCUGUACAAAGUUUUUGAGAGAUGUUAAUCAGUUGUAACAAUGAGGGAAAUUAAAUGUCCAUAUAAAUAAACAGAUUUCACGGCUGCAAA